CUGACCUGGGGGGAGAGCAGCCCUGGAGCGGAGGCAGGACUGGCCUCUCCUGCCAGCCAUCAGCCUCUGUGGGUUGGUCCUGUGGUGAAAAGUCCCAGGCCUCCCACCAGGGAGCACCUGAUCGCUCUGCUCCCUGAGAGGAGUGAAGUGAGCCUCAAGGUCUGCCGGUAGAGGCACAGCCUUGCACUGACAUCAGGCCCUAAGCUCUAGUUCCACACAGAGAUAGCGGGUCUGUCCUGGCCUCCCAUGGGCUCCCAGGGACAGGGAGAUCUGGCCUGACCUUCCCAGCAACGCCUGCCUCAGUGGAGAAACCCCAGCUUCCCAGCAUCAGGACACACUCUCUCUCACACCCUCCGUAGUUCCCACUGACCUCACCGCAAAGUCCACAGUAGAAACUCAGAGUCCUACUGAGGAGACACCUGCCCAGCUGUCAGCCUGCUUCCUCCAUCUGCUUCCCCACCUGCUUCCCCACCGGCUUCCUCCACCUGCUUCCUCCACCUGCUCCCCCACCUGCUUCCUCCACCUGUUCCCCCACCUGCUCUAUCUCCUGCUGUCUACACCUGUUCCUCCACCUGCUGUCUCGCCAGCUUCCUCCACCUGCUCCCCCACCUGCUGUCUCACCAGCUUCCUCCACCUGCUCCCCCACCUGCUCUAUCUCCUGCUGUCUACACCUGUUCCCCCACCUGCUGUCUCACCGGCUUCCUCCACCUGCUCCCCCAUCUGCUCUCUCACAUGCUUCCUCCACCUGCUCCCCCCACCUGCUCUAUCUCCUGCUGUCUACACCUGUUCCCCCACUUGCUGUCUCACCAGCUUCCUCCACCUGCUCCCCCCAGCUGCUCUAUCUCCACCUGUUCCCCCACCUGCUGUCUCACCAGCUUCCUCCACCUGCUCCCCCCACCUGCUAUAUCUCCUGCUGUCUACACCUGUUCCCCCACAUGCUGUCUCACCAGCUUCCUCCACUUGCUCCUCCCAUCUGCUCUCUCACAUGCUUCCUCCACCUGCUCCCCCACUUGCUCUAUCACCUGUUGUCUACACCUGCUCCCCCCACCUGCUCACUCACCUACUUCCUCAACCUGCUUCCCCCACCAGCUCUAUCACCUGCUGUCUACACCUGUCCUCAACCUGCUCCCCCCACCUGCUCGCUCACCUGCUGUCUACACCUGUUCCCCCCACCUGCUCACUCACCUGCUUCCUCAACCUGCUCCCCCCGCCUGCUCUAUCACCUGCUGUCUACACCUGUUCCCCCCACCUGCUCUAUCACCUGCUUCCUCCAGCUGCUCCCUCCACCUGCUCUCUCACCUGCUGUCUACACCUGCUCCCCCCACCUGCUCUCUCACCUGCUGUCUACACCUGCUCCCCCCACCUGCUGUCUCACCUUCUUCCUCCACCUGCUCCCCCAACCUGCUUUCCCAUCUGCUUCAUCCACCUGUUCCCCCAACCUGCUCUCUCACCUAUUUGUCUACACCUGUUCUUUGCUCUGGCUGCCCCCACCCAUCCAGCUCCCCCACACCCUUCUUGGACACUGCCUGGCACUUCCCAGCUCCCUCACACAACACUGCCGCCCCCAACUCACAUCCUGCUUUCUCGAUGGUCUUCCCAGAGGAGGUCCCACCUUCCCAGCCCCUACCUGUUCCUCAGGUCACCAUUUCCUGGAACCACCUUCCAUCCCCCAGAACUCAGCUGGGCCCUGCAGACAUGUACAUGCUACCAGGUGACAUGGCCACUCCUCCUGCAAAGCUUUUCCAGGUGUCUCUGUUUUUCUUGUUCUUCAGAAUGAUAAAAGUUCCCAGAUCCCAGGGACUUUUAGGCCGCUCCCACCACAGAGCUGGCCAGCGUCCUUUGAGGCAGAGAAAUGCUAGGGGGUCUGGGUCCUGGGAAGCUCUGGGAUGAACAUGACUCCUGAGCACAGACACCACCCUGACAGAGGUUCAUGCAUGUUCGGCUUCAUCCUUGGAACUUUACACUCACACUUGACUCACCCGCUUUAUGUGUCUUUUUUUUUUUUUUUU